AUGCUGUCAGAUGAUGCAAUUCUCCCAGGAUUUGGAUCCCUUUCUCUUAGCGAUAACCCUACGGGUUGGGGUCCAACAGAUAUACCAGAAGAGUUUAGAAACAUGCCUUUUCAACCAUUUUCAAAGGAUACUCGCUUAGGCAGAGUUGCAGAUUGGUCAGGAAAUAUUUUUCAAGAUAUGAAAAACAAAGGUCGCUAUGUCACUCAGUCUGUGGGUUUACAGUACGCUUACUAUCAUGAUGAGGACGACAGCAAUUUUCAACUAGUUUCUUCCGUUCGUGAGACGAAAACUCCUGCUAUUCGUCAAAGAUAUAGAUUCCCUAUGCGUGGCCGCCGUGGUUUAGGUGGUCCAGGUUCUGGAUAUUCUUGGGCAGGAGGCCGGUCAGGAUAUCAGAUGCUUGGAAACCAGGGUGGUGUAGUAAACCGUAAGUUACGCAGUGCAGCAGACAGAGAACGUAUGAUGUUGCAACAGAAUAGACGGUGGCAACACUGGGGCCCCCAGGGUGUCGGGCAGCGACGAGGGGGGACUCAAGGUUGGAGAUCCAAUACAGGUGCUUGGGGCUCUAAUAUUGAUCGCAGACAGGCCCACAGGACAGUGCGUGAUGCAUCUAUUCAAAUUAAGGAUAAUUGGACGAUGUUGGAAGAGCUAGAUUUUGCUAGACUUGCAAAGUUGGCCCUACCUAACGUAAAGGAGCCCAUUGACAAGGUUAAUUGUGGAGAAAUGGAGUAUUAUGACAAAUCAUAUGAUCGCGUUAGCACGCGAAACGAACGUCCUCUUGUAAGAGUAAAUCGGGUUCUCCACACAGUUACAACCUCCAGAGACCCAGUAAUUCACCGUUUAGCCAGCGACUCCGUUGGCAAAGUUUAUUGCACAGAUACGAUUGCUGCCAUGAUUAUGUGUUGCACUCGUUCGGUGUAUCCUUGGGAUCUCAUUGUACAACGCAUACAAGACCGUUUGUUCUUUGAUAAGCGCGAAGAUACUGAAUCUGAUUUUGUUAGUGUAUGUGAAACUGCAACAGAACCACCUAAUGAAGAACCUGGUCAUAUUAAUUCACCCCAGCGUUUGGCAUUAGAAGCUACUUUUAUAAAUACCAAUUUAUCUCAACAAAUGCUACUGAUGGGUGGUAAAACAUAUUCGUUCCCUGAAGAAAAUCCUUUCAAAGAUGAUGAAGAGGAGGAUGAAGAUAGUCCAAAUCCAUCUCAAAACAAAAAUCACGAAGGUGGUAAAGAAGAAUUAGGUUCUGUAGGAUAUCGAUAUCGCAUAUUUGAUUUGGGAAAUGAUGUUCAAAUGGUUAUUCGUUGCGAAGUGAAUGGUGUACUUCAACCGACUAAUGAUGAUCAGCCAGCCAGUCCACAAUUUGUAUGUAUACGCGCAUUAAAUGAGUUUGAUUCACGUUAUUGUGGUGGUGUCGAUUGGCGUACUAAACUUGAUACUCAACGGGGGGCUGUUUUGGCUGCUGAGAUAAAGAAUAAUGCCUUUAAAUUAGCUGGAUGGACUGUCUGUAGUAUAUUGUCAGGUGCGGAUCAAUUAAAAUUAGGAUUUGUAUCUCGUGUCAACCCCCGUGAUUCAUCUCGUCAUGUCAUAUUGGGCACACAACAGUUCAAACCAUCGGAGUUCGCCAAUCAGCUGAAUUUGAAUAUGGAUAAUGCUUGGGGUAUUCUGCGAUGUGUCGUUGAUUUCUUCAUGAAAAUGCCUGAAGGCAAAUAUCUAAUGUUAAAGGAUCCUAAUAAGCCUGUACUUCGCAUAUACUCUGUACCUCAAGAUGCUUCUGAUUCAGAUGAAAGCGAAGAUGGUAUAAGUGAAGAAGAAGCAGUUAUCGUUGAACAACAAAACUCUGAACCAAGUAAGACGGAAGCAAAUAACAUGUCAGGACAUAGUCAAGACGGUGUAGAGGGUCAGUAUAAAAAUACUGAAUCUGUCACUCAGUUAAGAACGACUGAGCCUACUGAAUCGUGA